GACUAUUUGCAUGAAGUGUUUUCUUGCUGCAGCUUCAACUCGCCUGCAGAACGAGUCUCUCCGAGGGGGAAAGCGAGGGAAGAGACGCAGUCAGAAUACGAGGAGGAGGGGGGCUCUUGUGUUUCACAUCAGAGGAGCAGCAGGGGGAAAAAAAACUGCCUGAAAACAGAGGAUAAGGUGUCGGAUACUAAAAGCAGAAAAAGAGAGAGAGAGUGAGAAAGAAAAAAAAAACAGAAGAUCCGCUUCUCUUGUAUCGGAAAAUGGAGCUACCCGCCGCGGGAGAGCACGUCUUUGCGGUGGAGAGCAUCGAGAAGAAGCGCAGCAGAAAGGGGAGGGUUGAGUAUCUGGUCAAGUGGCGAGGAUGGUCUCCGAAAUACAACACGUGGGAACCAGAGGAAAACAUCCUGGACCCAAGGCUGCUUGAUGCUUUCCAAGACAGGGAACGUCAAGAGCAGCUGAUGGGAUAUCGCAAGAGAGGACCCAAGCCCAAGCACCUUCUGGUUCAGGUUCCUUCUUUCGCCCGGAGAUCCAGUAUUCUGGCUGACCUUCAUGAGGCCUCCCUGGACGAUGAGAGCUGUCAGAAGACCAGCCCCAUCACGAUGCUCCGUCCCCAGGGCCAGCAGUACCAGCUGAACAGCAAGAAGCACCACCAGUACCAGCCGCUGUGCAGAGAGCGUGAGAACGAGCAGCAGGCUAACGGCAAGAAGUUCUACUAUCAGCUCAACAGCAAGAAGCACCACCACUACCAGCCGGACCUCAAGGUGCACGAGCCCAUAUUUGCUAAACCCAGGGAAGUUAAAGCUCCAGAUUUGGCUAACAAGGGGUACAACCUUCCCCCGGUGCUGCAGCAAAAGUGGGUCCGGGACAAGGACUCAGGCUGCCUGACCAAAGUCAAGGAUAUCACCAUGGAGCUAAAGAAGCUUCCAGCAGACCUCAAUGGCCACAAAGAGCCAGAGAAGGUCAAACCUAAAGAGGAUGCUUUAGCACAGUCGAAUGGUGUUAGCAACAGUAAGCUAAAGAUUGUCAAGAACAAAAACAAGAAUGGGCGGAUUGUUAUUGUCAUGAGCAAGUACAUGGAAAAUGGAAUGCAAGCGGCCAAGAUUAAAAAUGGUAAUUCUGAAGGUGCUGAAAAGGCGCCGCAAGGGACAGACAACAGCACAGAGAACCACCUUGAGAAGAUGAGACUAGUCAAGAAGCUCGGCCUCAUGAAUGGAUUUGCAAAAAACCUCAAAGACAAACCAACUGUUCCCAGUUCUGGAUUUAACACAGAUUGCCCCAAAGAAAAGGAACAGUCCCCCAAAACGGAGCCAACUGUGACGGAACAGGAUAAACAUGUUGAGGUCAGGGGGCAGGGGCAGCUUCCAGCGGAUCAGCCUUUACAAUUGACAACCAAGCCUAAUCUGCUCUCCCUGCCUUUGGAUAGGGGAGUUCCCGCCCCACUGGACAAAAGAGGAAACCAAGGUGGAUUUCAAGGACUAAAGCGACACUUCUCGGACACAGACUACGUGGAGCAUGGGAGUAGUAAGAGGUUUUUGAGCUCCAGGAGUAUCAGCGCUCCUAACACAGUAUCUUCACCCACCCAAAGCAUCAGCAUCCACCAAAACGGACACCAGAGUCACAUUGGACUGCAGGACUGUGGGUACACAGACCAAGAGGAACCUAUUGACUUAAGCAUUGUCAAGUCCAGGCCUAAACCUGCCCAGCCAGAAACACACACACAAGCUGAAACUGUAACACAAGCUCAAACACACACACAGGAUGCAACAGACACACAAGCUCAAACACAGACGGACGCACGGACAGAAACUCAGCCCCAGACUGAGACACAAAAGACUACAGAGGAGGAGAAAGUGGAUUCAUCGACCGUUUCUAACCAUGAGAAGAGAAAAGAGGAUACAUUUUCUUCUUUCCAGCCUUUCCUUGGGAAUAUAGUGAUCACAGACAUUACUACAAACUGCCUAACAGUCACGUUCAAGGAGUACAUCACAGCGUAACUGAACUGGGUACCAACUGUGUAACUGUAUAAAUGUACAUUAGAUAUAUUUGUAUUUUCAGAUGCUUGAAUGUACAAAUGGACCCUUGAUGUUGUUUUCAUUUUGUAUAGUUCAGUUAAAAAAAAGAGCCUUUAUCGCAUUAUUUGCAUAUUUCUUCUUAUAAGCUCAACCUGUUGUUACUUCUGGAGAUUUUUAUCACAUGCAGUAUCUAAUUCCAGCUAUUUCAAACGUAGUUUAAAAAGCAAAAUUAGGUCAAAUAAAUGUGGGAACUUUGAUUGAAGAUGCACUUAACUUGUAAAUACUCUUCACUUUUCUUUGGAUGUAAUUUGAUUAUACACUCGACUGUCUGCAUCUCAGAUAAUGCUCAAAACAAAAUGUAGGCUAUAUGGAGAAUUUUGUAAGGGAGAAAAAUUAUAUUAAAACAUGGUACAUUACACUGUGUGUGUGUGUGUGUGUGUGUGUGUGUGUGUGUGUGUGUGUGUGUGUGUGUGAUUGUGUGUGAACAGAUGGACAGAUUUAAACAAGGAUGCAUGCUGCUUGGACAGAUUAUGCCAUUAGGCAUGCUUAAACAAGCAGAUAAAGAAAAAUGAAGCGCCUAUCUGUCAAUAAAUGUGAUUUGCAUUGUUGAAAGGGGAGAUGGUUUUUAAAUGAAAUAUUAUUAAUGGUUAAUGUUUGAUAUAUGCUCCUUUUAUUUGACUUCUGUUCAAAGGUAAAGUGUUUUCUUUGAGUCCUGCAUCUCAAGAUCUGAUACUGAGGACAUGUCACUUCCAUGAAGACAGCUGAUAUACAACCCUGUGACUAUUUAGUUUAUGUUUGGGACUCAAAAAAUUCAUUUGAAUUAUAUCAGUCACAAAUCUGUUAACACUGCCAGUUGAGCUGUGUAAUCCAACAGAUUAGUACCACCAGCUGGGUGCUCUGUGCAUCACUUUUUCAUGUUUCUGUUGUUUGGCACCCUGACAUGUCGGGUGUUACUAUUGUCUCAGUGUCACAUUUUGAAUAACUUUUGCAGCAAAGCGGUCAUUAAAGUAUGUGAAAGCACACACUUGUCAUAAUCAGAUGUCCUCUUGUGUCAUGCCCCACUCUCUCUCCUUCUUUAGGAAUCCCUUCCAGCACUUUGUGAUCUGAGGUGCAUUGAACUGCUCUGUCAGGACGUUGAUUGGAUGCACUUUUGAUGUUUUGUGUGCAGACUAAAAAAAAAAAAAAUGAAGGCUUCCAAUGAAAGAUUUUGCAAUAAUAAAAUUGUUUGCAAGUGGUAUAUGGA